AUGGAGGACAGAGACACAUACAAAACGCAAAGAAUUAUCAAUUCUGUCUUUUUCGAGCACGCUAAUUGGUGGAUUGCCGAGCGAUUGGCAGAACUUAUGGCGGGAUUGAUGAUGAAUUCGAAAUAUAGUGAUUUGACGCUGGAGUGCGAUGGCGAGACAUUUCCGGUGCACAAGGCAGUGGUGUUGACGCAGUCGGUUGUGUUGGAGAAGGCUUGCCAGGAACCUUGGAAGGAAGGGGUCGAGAAUAUCAUUCAAAUCAAAGAAUUCGACGCCCAGACUGUCCGCCGCAUGGUUGAGUUUCUGUACACGGGAGACUACGACCAGGGCAAGCCCGAAUUCGUCAACCCAACUACCAACGGCGAAUCUGCCGACGCAGGGGACGAAGCAGAGGAUGUGGACAGCAACUGCGGCGAUGAUUUCCAUCCACUCUUUGAGCGAUGCCGCUCCAAUCUCGAUGCUAACAUUCAGUCCCUCGAAGCUGGAAUUUCUAACAUCAGCCUCAACGCCUACCAGCCGUCAUCGCCGUCGGUAUCGGCAUCAGAGCGCAACGAAUGGGGACCGGACGAUGAAACCGCGGCAAAUGACUUUUUUGACGCCUUCUCGCUGCAGUUGGGGGUUCAUGCUAUCGCAGACUACUAUAUGAUAAAAGUUCUCAAGAGGAAGGCCAUUGAGAAGACCAAGACGCUUCUCAAAAAGACCCUGUGGUCCGCUAAGGGGUUUUUGGCGGUUGCUAAGGAGGCCUUUGAGACGACGACGCCGUCGCCAGCAUCCACAGCUGCUGCUGAAAAGGAACAAGACGCCGAGACGCUGCGCGAUGUUAUAAUAGAAACAGCAUCCGACCACUUCACAGAGAUCAUCGACAGCCACGACUUUGCGCGAUCAGACCUAAACCCCGAAUUCGCCGCUAUUUUGCUCCAGAAAGCGGCCAAGAAACACAACGAUAUCCGCGCAGAACUCAAGCAAGCGCACCGAGACAAUUUUAACUUCUAUAUAGUCAACUCCCACCGUACCCAAGAGCUUAUGAAGAACAUCAGCUACUUACAGGCUCAGACCGCGGCAUUCGAGGACUGUGUCCAGCGGGUACAGGAGUUGAGCACGUGUCAGGUUUGCGGAUGCGCGUAUAAUGCUUUGAUUCGCGAGGAAGGCGAGAACAAUACUGACGACGAUGACGGCUAUGAUGCUGAUGGUAGCGUCGAUGGAUCUGCGACCGGCGUCGGCGCGCAGGAGCGUAAGGUGAAGAAGUAUGUGAUUGAAUGCAAAAAGUGCAAUUUGCAUAGCGUACGAUCGGGAGACCUGCUUCGAGGCGAUAUGUCGUUUUUCGGUGGUGAUGAAUUGUACCAGGGCGUUGCGGAACUUUCUGUAGAUGAGUUGCCAGCCGAGCCGUGGCUACAAGGCGAGAAUGAUCAAUUUGCCGGGACGCUUUAUCCGGACGCUGAUGCGGAUGAUGUGUGA